AUGGGUGAAAAUCAAACUUUAAACGUAAUAAGUUUGAUCGUUAUUAUGAUUAUGUUUUUUUAUCUAUUAAAUAUUCAUUCAAGAUCAGUUUUCACUUUACAAUCCUGGAAGAAGAAGACUAUAUUUUAUGAUUCUAAAGAAUGUCAUAUUAUUUUACCUGAACGUAGUGGUCGACUUGGAAAUCAUUUAUUUAUGUUUGCAUCAGCUUAUGGCUUAUCACUGAAAUAUUCAUGUCAUUUAUACAUAGAUCGAAAUAUUAUUGAUAAACUUCAAAAAUCAUUCGAAAUUAAUUUAACAAAUUUAUUAUCAAAAUCACAAUCAAAAUAA